CAUGCUGCGGCUCGCGGCCAAGGUGGUGUCCUUCUUCUGGAGGAAGGCGGACGGCCGGGAGGACGAGGCCGGGCCUCCGUUGUGCGAGCUCGCAGAAGGUGACACCAAGCUGAAGACCGUUCAGGGUGUGGUGACGAGGUACUGCAGCGAUUAUGGCAUGAUUGACGACCUGAUCUACUUCUCUAAUGACGCGGUGACUGGCAAAGUGCUUCUGAAUGUCGGACAGGAAGUGAUUGCCGUUGUGGAAGAAAAUAAAGUGUCGAAUGGACUGAAAGCGAUCAGGGUAGAAGCUGUCUCUGAUAAAUGGGAAGAUGAUAGUAAAAACCAUGGCAAGGGACUGUCGGACUCCAAACCUCGCGUGUUGAUUGGCUGUGUGACGUCAUUGAUGGAAGGUGCUGGCUACAUCAGUCAGAGCACGUACUUCUCUCUGGAGAAUGUUUGUGAAGGUUUCAAGCCCUGCAAAGGAGACUGGGUGGAGGCUGAAUAUUGGAUCCGACCAGGCACCUGGAACAGCGAGGCUGUGUCUGUGAAGCCACUGAGGUACAAGCGUGUCGACAGGGUCUCCAUUUCUAGCCUCUGCGGCAGAAAUGGGGUGCUGGAUGACAGUAUCUUCUUCACCUUGGACUCCCUGAAGCUUCCUGAAGGCUAUGUGCCACGUCGAGCAGACGUGGUGAGUGCCGUGGUGGUGGAGAGCAGCCAGUCCUGCUACAUGUGGAGGGCGCUGUGCAUGACCCCGCUGGAGAGGCGAGAACCCUCUUCUGUGAGCGAGGCUGCUGAGGAGAUCUGUGGAGCUCUUUUAUUGAAAAACAAAGGUGACAUCGAAGUCACAAGGACAACAAAUUUUGGAACACUUAACGAAGGUGGCAGUAAGAAUAUGGUGAUCUGGAUAGAAAAUAAAGGAGCAGUUCCUCAGAACUUAAUCAGCUGCAAACUGGCUGGCUGGGAUAAAGCUAAACAGUUCAGACUCCAAAUGCUGGAUGAAGAUCAGAUCUCUGCAAUGGUUUCUCUCGCCUCUGUCCCUGAGAAGAUGCCUUUUCCAGAUGGAACGGUCAACUCACUACAUCGGGAUCAAAAAAGCCAAACCUGCCGAUUGGAGAGCGGCUCAGUGAGCAGCAGAGAGGCCUCUCCGGAUGACUGUCCACGUCAAGGAGAGAGUGGAGGAGAAGGAGGGGAGAGCACAGCAGAGCAACAGCAGGUGACAGAGACGGAGCCCCUGGGUCUCAUCCCUCCAAGUGGAAAAACCUUGGUUGUAGUUAUAUGUGAGGCAAAGAAUUCCGGCCGCUGCAAGGAGCUGCUCCUGCUCUGCUUCUCCAAUUUCAUCAUUGGACGCUUCCUUGAAGUGAAUGUUGUCAGCAGGGAGGAGGCACUGAUUGCUGUCCGAGAACCAUUUUCCUGGAAGAAGUCCAAAAGUCCCCAAACUGUCCCAGCCACAAAAACCACAGUCGUGGUGACCACACAGAAAAGGAACUCAAGACGGCAGCUUCCAAGUUUUCUUCCGCAGUAUCCGAUACCUGAUAGACUUAAAAAAUGUGUGGAGCAGAAGAUUGAUAUUCUGACCUUCCAGCCCUUACUGGCAGAGCUUUUGAACAUGACCAACUAUAAAGAGAAGUUUUCGACUUUGCUCUGGCUUGAAGAAAUUCAUGCAGAAAUCGAACUGAAGGAGUAUAACAUGAACGGGAUCAUCUUGAAGAAAAACGGGGGGUUGUUGGUUCUGGAGGUCCCGGGAUUGGCUGAAAGUAGACCCUCUCUGUAUGCAGGUGACAAGCUGAUCCUGAAAACUCAAGAGUACAACGGACACGUCAUUGAGUACAUUGGCUACGUGAUUGAGAUUCAUGAAGAAGAUGUUACUCUUAAAGUUAAUCCAGAAUUUGAACGUGCAUACAACUUUGAACCUAUGGAUGUGGAAUUCACCUAUAACAGGACCACAAGCAGACGGUGUCACUUUGCACUUGAACAAGUCAUCCACUUAGGUGAAAAAGUGUUAUUUCCAGAUGAGAUCAUUUUGCAGUCUCCCCAAGUGACAGGAACUUGGAAUUUUGCUCAGGACACAAAAAUCAAUGGACAGUCCACCACAAAGACUAGGAAAGCUGUGAAGGACCCAGCUAACCCUGCAGCGCAGGAGAGGCGGGCUGGCGCCCAGGACACGCCGGGGCUCAGUAAUCUGGUCCACGAACCACAGAUCCCAAAAGCCCGAGACAAGGAAUUCUUCAAUCCAGUGCUCAACGAAAACCAGAAGUUGGCAAUUAGAAGAAUUCUGAGUGGCGACUGCCGCCCUCUCCCUUACAUUCUUUUUGGGCCUCCUGGAACAGGGAAGACGGUGACCAUCAUAGAGGCAGUGUUACAGGUGCACUCCGCUUUGCCCGACAGCCGGGUGCUGGUGUGUGCGCCGUCCAACAGUGCUGCGGAUCUCGUGUGUCUGCGCCUGCACGAGAGCCAGGUGCUGAGGCCGGGCACCAUGGUUCGGGUGAAUGCCACCUGCAGGUUUGAGGAGACCAUCAUUGAAGCCAUCAAGCCUUACUGCAAAGACGGAGAGGACAUCUGGAAGGCCUCACGCUUCAGGAUCAUCAUCACGACCUGCAGCAGUGCCGGCCUCUUCUACCAGAUUGGCGUGAGAGUUGGACACUUCACACACGUGUUCGUGGAUGAAGCAGGACAGGCAAGCGAGCCCGAGUGCCUCAUUCCCCUGGGACUGAUCUCGGAUGUCAGCGGCCAGAUUGUCCUUGCUGGAGAUCCCAUGCAGCUUGGCCCGGUCAUUAAGUCCAGACUGGCCAUGGCCUAUGGGCUGAAUGUCUCGAUGUUGGAGAGGCUGAUGUCUCGGCCAGCGUACCUGAGAGACGAGACGGCUUUUGGAGCUUGUGGCGCCUACAACCCACUGUUGGUGACAAAACUGGUGAAGAACUACAGGUCCCACUCCGCCCUGCUGGCCCUGCCAUCACGCCUCUUCUACCACCGUGAGCUCCAGGUCUGCGCAGACCCUGCUGUGGUGGCCUCCCUGCUGGGCUGGGAGAAGCUGCCCAAGAAAGGCUUCCCGCUCAUCUUCCACGGCGUGAGGGGCAACGAAGCCCGGGAGGGGAGAAGCCCCUCGUGGUUCAACGCUGCCGAAGCUGUCCAGGUCAUGCGUUACUGCUGCCUGCUGGCCAGGAGCCUCUCCAGCCCAGUGCCGGCCAGCAACAUCGGUGUGAUCACACCCUACAGGAAGCAGGUAGAGAAGAUCAAAAUUCUUUUGCGAAAUGUUGAUCUGGUGGACAUAAAAGUCGGCUCUGUAGAAGAGUUCCAGGGGCAGGAGUACUUGGUCAUCAUCAUCUCCACUGUGAGGUCAAAUGAAGAUAGAUUUGAAGAUGACAGAUACUUUUUGGGUUUCUUGUCCAACUCAAAGAGAUUCAAUGUUGCCAUCACCAGACCCAAAGCCUUGCUGAUUGUGCUGGGAAACCCUCAUGUUCUCGUCAGAGACCCCUGCUUUGGGGCGUUGCUGGAGUACAGCAUCACCAACGGCGUCUACACUGGGUGCAACCUGCCUCCGGAGCUGCAGACCCUGCAGAACUGUGACUAAUCCUGUCCCUCACUGCCCAAGAUGGACUGGAGUGGCGCUGUCCAGAGCCCUGUUGGUGAAGAACACUUGUUCUCUGAGCCAUGGGCAAGAGUGUGGGGGCUGGGGCCGUUGGCGGGAGCCACC